AUGAAUGUUAGGGAUAAAAUGCCUUUUUUAUAUUUAUGCAAUAAUAACAUUAAAAAUUAUAAUGAUAUUCUUGCAUACCCAGAAAUAAUGGAUAUUUGUAUAAAAUAUUUAAGAAAUUUGAAGUUAUUACAUAGUCUUAGUUAUAAGAAAGACGAUUUUGACAAAUAUUGUAACAAUAUAUACUAUUGGUUAUAUUAUGAAAUAAAGGAACUUACAAUUUCUGAAGAUUCUAUUAAAGGUAUUUUUAAUGCAUCAACUUCGAUAGAAAAGGAAAAAAACAAAAGCGAUGACUGUUCUGAUUUGGAUCUUUAUAAGGACUGGAAUAACACGGAAAAAUUAGUAAUGUUACAAAUAUUUAAUCAUAAUAUUGAUGUUAUUCUAGAAAUAUUAAAUAAUAAAUGUGAUUCUAAUAGAACCUCUUGUAAAAAUUUAUCAAACAAUGUGUAG